ACGGUUCAACCAGACGUAGUUUGAAGCCCACAUUCGUCUCAUUAGUAGCUGGUUAUUCAGUUGAAAGCGUCAAAUUGCUGGUUUACGCACGUUCUAGCGACGACAUUAGUUCAGCUUUAGUUGAAAUUGAAAGAUUUAUCCAAAACCAUAUCACAUCAAAGAAAGUCGAACACGAGAAACUAUUUGACGUUGUGCUUAAACAUUGGGAUGAAUUGAAAAGUUUAGCAAAGGAUGGUAAUUUAAGAAUAACAUGCGUUAACGAAACGACUGUUUCGAUCGAAGGCUUGUUGAGUAAAGUGCUCGAAGCGAAAGAUAAACUCACAGAAAUGGUGAGUCGACAUACGGACGAAGAACGAAGAUUACAUCAGCUCAGUUACAUCUCACAGAAUGUGCAGUGGUAUUACUCUGAUCACAGCUGUCGCAGCAGAGAGGUGGUUUACAGUGCCCAGUUGAAUGGUACCAUUGAAGUAGCUUGCAUGAAUGGUGAGGCAAUGGUGGAAAUUACGGAAUCGGAUGGUCAACAAUAUAAUGUGGAUUUUGCUCAAAUGGUCGCGAGAAACAAGAGUACUGGUCAAACAAGAAAGUUGUCCAGAAAACUGAUUGGUUCUGCAACAGGUUUGUAAUGUGUCAUACACCAGAAGAAGUAAUUUAAAGGGUGUUUGACAUGGAAAUUACACAAUUCGAAAUACAUUUAUAAUAUAGCAUUUGUAAAUUCUGAACGCUGAUUGGCUAAGAGCCGUGUUGAUAUAACUCAAUGUCAAGACGGGAAAUUUUCCUCCGCUUGUAAACACGGAAAUUUUUCUUAUCCUUCGGGCUUUUGACAUUGCUAUAUUAUAAAAAAAAUAUAAAACAUUUUUUCCAUAUUGAUAUUUAAGAAAUAGAAAACAUUUUCCGUGUUUCUAUAGAGUUAUAGAAACACGAGCACGAAGUGCGAGUGUUUCCACGCAAUUUCGAGUUUCUCCCAAACUUUCACAAGUGUUUCUAUAAACUCUAUAGGAACACGGAAAAAAUGUUUUCUAUUUCCUUUAUUAAAUAGCCUUUUAAAAACAAUAGAAAAGAUAAAUUUAUUGAUAUUAAUUGCUUUCAAUCAAAUAUUAAUUCCACCUUAAUUAAUAUACCUUCGUGUAAAGAAUAAUUAUAAAAGCAUAGCGAAGUAUUAAACAAGUAUAUCGCUGUCAAAACAACAGACAGCACUUAACAGGCUUACUUUACUAAGUAUAUAAUUCACUCAACAACGUACAUGCUUGCAUGCAAAGAAAGCACUGUUUUAAAUAGUUAGUGAACGUUUAAACAUGAUUAAAAACUAUAGUAAACAUGAGUAAAAACGUCGCGAGGAAAUAUUUUUUUUAAUUAAAAUUAAAAUAACUUACCUUGGUAAAUAGUCAAACAGAUACAACGUGUACUGUAAUUAUACUUUGUGCUUUAGAUCUUCGCUUUCUAAGUUAGCAAAGUGUUGCCUUUUUUUUGUAACGGUUCUUCGGUUUUCAACUUUUUCCAAAAUUAAAUAUUGUUUGUAUUUUGUCUUUUAAACUCCCGCGCAAUCCACGCAACCCGCGUGAAAAUUCCUCGUGUUUCUAUCGAGUUAUAGAAACACUGGUUUUUUGAGCUUUUGACCAAUCAGCGCCCGUGUUUUUAAAAGGCCAUUUUAUAAAUUGUAUAUUCAAAACAGAAACCGCAAAAUGGCGGGAAUUAGCGUGGGUCCCGCGCGAGACGUUCCCGCGUAAGAUAUGAUUUCAUAUUUCACUAUAGUGAAAUACGGGAAAUAUCAGUGGCGUAUUUUACGGUAUUUUACUCAUAUCCAUAUAAUAAAACUGUAUAUCAACACGGAAAAUGUUUUAUAUUUGUUAACUAUAAGAUCUUUCAACAUAAUCGCAUAGUACUUUUUAACUUUUUUGCAGUUUAGAGAUAUUCAUGUUAGUUUGAAAUGCAAAUAAUACAAGUUUCGUCGUCACACAGUGUAAUGAGCUAUCGUAAAAUCUCAAUCAUCUGUUUCGGCCAUUUUGGGGGAUGGUAUUACCAAUGGAGUAUUACCAAAGGAGUUAUUACCAAUAAAAGCUUUGAAUCAUUUUAAAAAUAUUACAGAUUAUUUAGGAACUCAUGCCAUGUAACAUAAGAAAGCUGUGUUAUUUACAUGGAAAACCUUAAAGCAUGCCAUGCUAUCUUUUGAAAUAUAUUCCUACCAAAAGUACAAUUACAUGUACAAAAACUUAAUUCGUGUCCAAAAGUACAAAAACUUAAUUCAUGUCAUAUGCCCUUUAACUAAUAGACAUUUUACCGUUGUUUGCUCAGUGACAGACACACGGAUAACUUCAUGAGGUGUACUGUAGGUAAGAAAAAAGGUAAAAAUAAUUCAAUAAUAAGUCACUUUAAACCAAUGGCAUGAAAAUACCGGUAAAAAUUAAUCUGAAACCACCAUUAAACUGGAGAGGUUCAGUAGACGGGAUAGCAGAUGGGGCAAGAAAAUUAACUAAAUCUACUACCUGUACAUUUAUAUACAUUUCUCGUACUGUGAGAACCGUCAGCUGCACGAAAUCCACUUGUGCAACUCAUCAUGGUGGGGUUGAAAUUUUUAUAACUUUUCAGUCGCCUAAUUUGCUAUCAGUGAAUAAGAUCUGGUCGCCAAAUUUAAUACCAGGCCUCCCUAUAUAUAAAUGUGUUAUGAAAUAUUCUCAUUGUAUAAAUAACAUAAAAUGUUGGAAAAUUAUAUGCAAAAGCAGAAUGAAAUAUUGAGAUAUUUUAAGGAUUUACAAUUACUUUAUUUCUUCAGUUUUUUUCUGAAUCGCCACGAGGACUACCGUAUUUGGCAACUUGCCGCCCGCUCGUUUCAACCCCUGCUCAUGGGUUUUUAUUUUAGGAUUAGAGCUGCCUUCCAACUGGACACACCAACCAGUGAAUCAAGUUGUUGAACUUGUGAGACUCACGCCAUCAUCUCCGGAGUAUUCAGAAGUUCGCAGCCAUUUUGUAGCCGGAGGAGGCAGAGCAAACCAGCUUUACUCGGUCGAGAGAAUUCAAAAUCCCCAACUGUACUCCAUGUACUUGGCAUUCAAGAAAUCUAUGGCUAUGCGUGGUCAAGUCAAUGAAAUGCGUUUGUUUCACGGGACUGAUGCUGCGAAUAUUCACUCGAUUAAUACUAAUAAUUUCAGUCGAAGUUUCGCUGGAGCUAACGGUAAGUGUUUUGUUAUACUAGUUUCGAAGGCAGACAUCUCUGAGACAAACCUCUCUCUAAGACGAACAUCUCUCUAAGACAGACAUCUCUCCAAGACAAUCAUCCAGACAUAUUUCUAAGGCAGUCAUCUCUCUAAGACAAACCUUUCUCUGAGACGAACAUCUCUCUAAGACAGACAUCUGUCUAAGACGAACAUCUCUAUAAGACGGUCCAUAAGAUCUUUUCUCAAUGUCUGCAACAUUCGCAGCUCUAAUGUAUGCUGACGAAAUAACAGGAACAUGUGUAGGAGAAAUAGCAACAUUUGCAACAAAAACCUACGCAUAUGUAAUUGCUGACUGACUAAAAUCAAACAAACUCAGCCUUAACAUGACCUAAAAUGAGUACAUGCUUAUUGGAUCAGACCAUAAUCUCGAAACGAUAAAAGACAUACCGCUAUUGUUCCUGGAAAACAAAGCCUUCAAUAUGGUCAAAACAACUAAGUCCUUUCGGGUACACAUUGACGAAAGACUAACUCUGGAGAGUUGGACAGAUCUCUCGGGAGGAGGGAGUGUAGCGCUGGGCGCUGCUCCCGCCACCCCACCCCCCAUAAGACAUACAUAUCUCUAAGAAAGACAUCUCUCUAAUAUACGGACACUACUCUAAGACUACUCUAAUAUACGGAUACUACUCAAAUCUUUUCUAACAGGUACCUCUUACGGGAAUGGUGUCUACUUUGCGCGUGACGCCUCGUACUCGAUCAAAUUCACCAAACCACAACACUUCGGUACACGUCGUAAGAUGUAUAUGGCGAAAGUACUUGUCGGUGAGUACACAAAGGGUGUAUCAGGGAUGAAGGCACCACCAACCAAAAGUGAUCCAAAUAAUCCUGGUCUACGCUAUGAUUCUGUUGUGAACGACAUUCGCAAUCCACGAAUGUACAUUAUAUUCCAAGAUAACCAGUAUUAUCCAGAGUACCUUCUAACAUUACAGUAA